AUGGAUCCCAAAGUUAACGCUCGAGUUCAAGAGAAUAUCAACACUAGGUUGAAUCGUCGUAUCUCUUUUAAGCUAUCAGCAAAAGAUAUCAAUAUAAACCCAGAGGGACAGAUUAAAGCUGAGAUUGAUAAUGAUGGGUUGGUGACACUGCAAGUAUCUCAGUGUCUAUGGCAGUAUAAUGGUGAUAACCAGGAGAAUGAGUUUAAAACCAUAGGUACAAAGGUACAGAAAAAUAUCCACGAUAUUAUAAAUCAAAAUCAUCGAAUGCUAGGUGGGGAUUUGGUGAAUCGGAGCACAAAUAGAAAGUAUUCAACUCAACUUUCAAUAUGUGGGCAACGCGGAGUGAGGAAAGAAUCAGACACCAAGAAAUUCAGAUUCCCAGCUAUAGAUAAAAAGG